AGCACACGAACGCUUGCAUACUGGCAAAAAGCCCUACAAAUGUAGUGUUUGCCUGAAAUCUUUUUCGGUAAAAUCCAGUCUGGUACUGCAUGAACGCGUACACACUGGCGAGAAGCCAUACAAAUGUGACGUGUGUCUAAAAAAAUUUUCACAAAAAGGAAACCUCGCAGUACACGAACGCACGCAUUCUACAGAAAAGUCAUAUAAAUGUGCUGUAUGCCUGGAAUCUUUUUCAUCAAAAUACUAUCUAGUAACGCACAUACACAUGCAUACUGGCGAAAAUCCUUACAAAUGUGCUGUAUGCCUGAAAUCUUUUUCAUCAAAAUCCUAUCUGGUAAUGCACAUACGCAUGCAUACUGGAAAAAUGCCCUACAAAUGUGCUGUGUGCCUGAAAUCGUUUUCAGUAAAAUGUAAUCUGGUAGUACACGAACGCCUACAUACUGGCGAAAAGCCCUACAAAUGUAGUGUUUGCCUGAAAUCUUUUUCGAUCAAAUCCUAUCUAGUAAGACACGAAAGCACGCAUACUGGCGAAAGACCCUACAAAUGUGUUGUGUGCCUGAAAUCUUUUUCGAUGAAAUCCAAACUGGCAACACACGAACGCACGCACACUGGCGAGAAGCCAUACAAGUGUGACGUGUGUCUAAAGUAUUUUAGCCAAAAAUCUCACCUCACUGUACACAAACGUGUCCAUAUUUCUGAAGAGUGUAACGAGUGCAUGAAAUCCCCAAAAGACCACCUGGCUGGACACAAAUGUGUACACUCCGAAAAAAGGACAUACAAAUGUGACGUGUGUCUAAAGGAUUUCACUCAAAGUUUUCACCUUACCCUUCACAGGCGCGUCCAUAUAGGAGAAGAAUGUAACAAGUGUUUAAAAUAUUUCACUCGAAAAGACUACCUGGCUGGACACAAAUGUGUACAUACCGAAAAAAAGCCAUACAAAUGUGAUUUUACACGAAAAGUAGACCUUGCAGUACACGAAACCGUGCACACUGAAGAUAAGCCCUACAAAUGUGAGGUGUGCCUGAAAUCUUUUUCAGCAAAAGCCUACCUGGUAAGACACGAACGCGUGCACACUGGCGAGAAGCCAUACAAAUGUGCCGUUUGUUUAAAAUCUUUUACGGCGGAAUCCAGUCUGGUAAGGCACGCAAGCCUGCAUACUGGCGAAAACCCCUACAAAUGUGUCGUAUGCCCAAAAUCUUUUUCGGUAAAAUCCACAUUGGUAAUACACGAACGCACGCACACUGUCGAAAAGCCAUAUAAAUGUGCUGUGUGCCUGAAAUUUUUUUCGUUAAAAUCCCUUCUGGUAGUACACGAACGAGUGCAUACUAGCGAAAAGCCCUACAAAUGUUUUUCGUGCGCGAAAUAUUUUGCGAGAAAAGCCUAUCUGACAAAGCACGAACGCACGCACAUUGGCGAGAAGCCUUACAAAUGUGAAGUUUGUUUAAAAUCCUUUACGGAAAAGUCUUAUCUGGUAAGACACGAACGCACGCACACUGGCGAGAAGCCAUACAAAUGUGACGUGUGUCCAAAGGCUUUUACACAAAAAGCAAACCUCACAGCACACAAACGAAUGCAUACUGGAGAAAAUCUCCACACUUGUGACGUGUGCCUGAAAUCUUUUUCGAUGAAAUCUUCUCUGGUUAGGCACGUACACACGCAUACUGGAGAAGGGCCCCACAAAUGUUUAGUGUGCCUCAAAUAAUUUUCGGUAAAACUCCAUCUGGUAGAGCAUGAACGAAUUCAUACUGGCGAAAAGCCUUAUACUUGUGACGUAUGUUUCAAGUGUUUUACUAAAAAAUACAACCUAACGGUACACAAACGCACGCAUGCCACAGAAAAGUCAUACAAUUGUGUCAAGCGCCUGAAACCUAUUGCGGUGAAAUCCUACCUCGCAAAAAAACAUAAACAUGUUUAUUCUGGUGAAGAGCCUUGCGAAUGCGAGGUUUGUUUCAAGUGUUUCGCUCAAAAAUGAAAACGGGAUCGACAAAAACGUAACCAUGUUGGAGAACAAUCAGAUCAUUAUCAGUCAUCAGUCUUUAUCUACAAUUUAAAUUUAAGAUUUUUUUCUCUUUGUGUUAUUCACUACUUUAUAAUUGUUGUAAA